ACGCCCACCCCCGAGCCCAUCGCCAUCGUGGGCAUGGGCUGCCGCUUCCCAGGCGGGGCCAACACCCCGUCCAAACUCUGGGAGCUGCUGUGCGCCAAGCGCGACGUGCAGCGGCGCAUCCCCAGCGACCGGUUCGACGUCGACGCCUUCUACGACCCGGACGGCGAGCGCGCCGGCUGCCUCAACGUGAAGGAGGCCUACACGCUAGACGAGGACAUCGCGCAGUUCGACGCGGCGUUCUUCAAGACGAACGCCCUCGAAGCCGAGGCCAUGGACCCGCAGCAGCGGCUGCUGCUGGAGACGGUGUACGAGGCGCUCGAGGCGGCGGGCGGCGUGCUGGAAGACCUGCACGGCUCGGACACGGCCGUGUACGUCGGGGUCAUGACGGGCGACUACCACGAGCUGCUGCUGCGCGACCCCGAGGACAUGCCCAAGUAUAUGGCCACCGGCACGGCGCGGAGUAUCCUGGCAAACCGCAUCUCGUACGUCUUCGACUGGACGGGCCCCUCCAUGACCAUCGACACCGCCUGCUCGUCCAGUCUGGUCGCCGUGCACGAGGCCGUCCAAGCCCUGCGCCAAGGCUGCUCCACGCUCGCCUGCGCCGCCGGCGCAAACCUCAUCCUCGGGCCCGAGAUGAUGAUCUCCGAGUCCAAGCUGCACAUGCUCUCGCCCACCGGCCGCAGCCGCAUGUGGGACGCGGGUGCAGAUGGCUACGCCCGCGGCGAGGGCUUUGCGGCUGUCAUGCUCAAGACGCUGAGCCAGGCCGUCGCCGACGGCGAUUAUGUCCACGGCAUCAUCCGCGAGACCGGGGUCAAUUCUGACGGACGAACAAACGGGAUCACGCUCCCCGGCGCAGACUCGCAGACGGCGUUGAUUCGACAGACGUACGCACGCGCCGGGCUGGACAUCGAGUCGCAGCGGUGUCAGUACUUCGAGGCGCACGGGACGGGCACCCCGGCUGGCGACCCCAUCGAGGCGCGCGCGAUCUACAACGCCUUCUUCGCCUCGUCCAGCGAGCAGGCAGAGACGCCGCUGUACGUCGGGUCGGUGAAGACGGCCGUGGGCCAUCUCGAGGGCACGGCCGGCCUGGCGGGGCUGGUCAAGGCGGUCGAAGCCGUGCGGCGCGGGGUGAUUCCCCCGAAUAUGCUAUUCGAGUCGCUGAACCCGGAGAUUGAGCCGUUCUACCACCGCCUCGCGGUGCCGACGGACGCGAUUCCAUGGCCGGAGGUGCGGGAGGGAGAGCCGCGACGGGCGAGUGUCAAUUCUUUCGGAUUCGGCGGAACCAACGCCCAUGCUAUCCUCGAGUCGUACGACAACCCUCAUCGCCGCCCGAUGUCGGCUACUGCUUCCCUCUACACACCCCUCGUCCUCUCCGCCAAUUCCGAGACCUCGCUGCGCGGCCAAGUCGACGCCUUGCACGCGUUCCUCUCCACGACCGACACUCCCAUCCAAGACAUCCUCCACACCCUGCAGACGCGCCGCUCGCAACACCCCGUGCGCGCGACCUUCUCCGCCCCCGACCGUGACACCCUCUGCACCGCGCUCUCCAAAUGCAUCGGCAGCGAAUCCACCCUCGGCACCCGUAUCGACAAGAAACCCGCAACACCGCGCAUCCUAGCCGUGUUCACCGGCCAAGGGGCGCAAUGGCCGACCAUGGGCCGAGAGAUCCUGCGUGCCUCGCCAGUGGCCCAACAAACCCUCUCGACGCUACAAUCCGCGCUGGACACCCUCCCCGACGCGCCCAACUGGUCCCUCGCCGCCGAAAUCCUCGCGGACACAGAAACCUCGCGUCUCGGCGCCGCCAGCGUCGCGCAGCCGCUCUGCACCGCCGUGCAGAUCCUCCUCGUCGACCUCCUCCGUCUCGCUGGGAUCACCCCCAGCGUGGUCGUCGGCCACUCCAGCGGCGAGAUCGCCGCCGCCUACGCCGCGGGCAUGAUCUCCGCGGCUGACGCGAUCCGCAUCGCGUACUACCGCGGCGUGCACGCGGGUCUGGCGCGGGGGCAGAACGGCCAGCGCGGCGGGAUGAUGGCGGUGGGGAUGUCGUACGACGAGGCGGUGGAGUUCUGUGAGGAGAGCUUCGCGGAGCGGGUCGAGGUGGCGGCCAGUAAUGCGCCCGGCAGCGUGACGUUAUCGGGCGAUGAGGAUGCGAUCGCCGAGGCGAAGGCUCUCCUCGAUGCGCGCGGGGUGUUUGCGCGAACCCUGCGGGUGGAUACCGCGUACCACUCGGCCCAUAUGAUCCCCUGCUCCGAGCCCUACCUCGACUCCCUGGCGGAGUGUGAGAUCGCCCCGCGCGAGGCGAGGGAGGGCUGUGUCUGGGUGAGCAGUGUGCACGGCUCGCGCAUGGAGGGAUAUCGCGUGGCCGCGCUGGCCGGGGAGUACUGGAACGACAACAUGGUCAGUCCGGUGAUGUUCGCCACCGCCGUGGAGAUGGCCUUGACGGAAGAGGCGGCGUGCGACGUGGCCAUCGAGAUCGGCGCGCAUCCCGCCCUCAAGGGCCCUUUCUCGCAGACCGCCAAGCAGGUGGCACCCAGCGGUGGUGCGGCGCCGCUCCCCUACAGCGGGACGCUGAGCCGCGGACAGCACGAUGUCGCGGCCCUCAGCGAGACGCUGGGGUUCUUAUGGAGCCAUCUCGGGUCCAAGGCGGUCCGCUUCCCGGCGUACAGCGCGGCGUUCACCGACACGCGCCCGCAGUGGGUGCCCGACUUGCCGCGGUAUCGCUGGGACCAUCGCCAGUCCUUCUGGCGCGAGUCCACGAGAUCCGCCCACUUCCGCUCGCGACCCCCGCGGCACCCGUUGCUGGGGGUGCGGUCGAAUGAGGACCUCGACCAGGAGAUGCGCUGGGCGAUCACCCUCCGCACGCGGGACCUGCCCUGGCUGGAGGGGCAUAAGGUCGAGGGGCAGGUCAUCUUCCCCGCGGCCGCGUAUCUGGUCAUGGCGAUGGAGGCGGCCCACCAGCUCGUGGGCGAGGGCCCGCCGGUGCAGCUGCUGGAGCUCCGCGACGUGGAGAUCGCGAACGCCAUCCCGCUGCCCGACGACGGCAAGGGCGUCGAGGUGCAGUUCACGCUCGUGCCAUCCCCGACCAACCCCAAAUCGGCAACCAAGACCGCGCAGUGGGCGUGCUACGCCCGCACCGCGGGGCAUGGCAAGGCGGCGUGGCGCAGCAACGCGCGCGGCACGGUGCGGGUUGUUCUGGGGUCUGCCGCGUCCGACGUCCUCCCCCCGCGCCACCCGCCGACGGGGGUGUUCCACGAGGUGAAGACGGAGCGGUUCUACGAAGCCCUCACGGCGAUCGGGCUGCACUACACGGGUCCCUUCCGGGGGCUGGACCACGUGCACCGCCGGUCCGGGACGGCCACGGCCACCGCGGUGCAGAUCCCCGCGGUGGAGCUGGCCGUGCCCAUCCACCCGGCUGGAUUGGAUGCGGCCUUCCAGACGCUCUUCGCGGCCUACUGCUGGCCCGAGGACGGGAGUCUGCGCGCGCCGUUCGUGCCGACGGGCCUGCAGAGUCUGCGCGUGGUGAACCGGGACAUCGUGCAGGCGAGUGCCCAGCUCACCGUGGACGCGUGCAUCACCCACUCCUCCGGCACGACCAUCGUCGCCGACCUGGACCUCUACAGCCCCACCAACGCGGGCAUCCUCCAGCUCCAAGGCCUGCGGUGCUCCAGCCUGACACCCCCCGGCCCCCGGGAUUACAAAGAACUCUACUCGCAGACCGCGUGGGAGGUCGACCUCUCCAGCGGACUCGCCCCCCUCCACACCCCCCAUGCCAGCCUCGCCAGCUCCGACUCCCCCGCCGACCUGGCACUAGUCGACCUCUGCGAACGCCUAGCAUACUACUACCUCCGGCACCUCAACACCGUCACUCCGCGCAGCGAGGUCCCAACCAUGGAAUGGAAUUUCCAGCGCAUCUUCGCCUGGAUCGACCACCUCUUCCCGCGCAUCACAUCCGGUCACCACCCCACCAUCCGCCCCGAAUGGUCCACCGACACCAAAGCCCACCUUCUCGAUAUGGCGUCCGCAUACCCCGACGCCGUCGACCUCCAACUCAUCCGCGCCGUGGGCGAGCACCUCCCCGCCGUCGUGCGGGGGGAAGCCUGGAUGCUGGAGCACAUGGUGGCGAACGACACGCUGGACCGGUUCUACAAGACCGGGCUGGGGUUCGCGCGCGCGAACGGGUACAUGGCGCGGGCGGCGGCGCAGAUCGCGCACCGGUACCCGCGGGCCCGGAUCCUGGAGAUCGGGGCGGGGACGGGGGGCGCCACGAAGGGCAUUUUGGAGGCGCUGGACGGGCGGUUUGCGCGGUACACGUUCACGGAUAUCUCGACGGGGUUCUUCGAGGCCGCCGCCACACAGUUUGAGCGGUGGGCGGGGAUGAUGAGCUUCAAGGCGUUGGAUGUGGAGAAGGAGCUUGGGGCGCAGGGGUUCGAGGAGGGUGGCUUUGAUGUGAUUGUUGCGUCGAAUGUGUUGCACGCGACCAAGUCGCUGCGCAAAACGAUGCAGAAUGUGAGACGGUUGUUGAAGCCGGGGGGCUUUUUGUUGUUGUUGGAGGUUACGAGUGAGAUUGUGCGGGUGAAGUUGAUGAUGGCGGGCUUGCCGGGGUGGUGGUUGGGUGGCGAGGAUGGGCGGCCGUAUGGGCCCACGAUCACGGUCAGUCAGUGGGAUGCGCUCCUGAAAGAGACGGGGUUUGCCGGGGUCGAUCAUGUGGUGAAUGACUUUGUGGAUGAAUCCAAGUAUAUGACCUCGGUGAUGGUGACGCAGGCGGUCGAUGAGGAUGUGCGGGUGCUGCGUGAGCCGUUGACGGCGGGCUGGACGCUGCCGCCUGUUACGGUGGUUGGGGGACAGAACGCCGGUCUGGCGCGGCGGGUGGUCGAGGCCCUCGGGCCUGCGGGGAGUGUCCAGUUGGUGGAGAGCUUGGAGGGGCUGUUCGUCCAGCCUGCUGUCUCGGUUACCUCGUUGGUGAUUCUGGAGGACUUCGACCGCCCCGUGCUGGAGGACUUCACCCCGCGCAAGGUGGAGGCGCUGCAGCGCGCCCUCCCCGAGUGCAGGCAGCUGCUCUGGGUGUCAGGCCAGUGCCGCGCGAUGAACCCCUACGGCAACAUGGCCAUCGGGCUGUGUCGCGCGGUCGCUGCGGAGCAGCCGCAUAUCCAGUUCCAGCACCUCGACAUCGAAGAUGCGGUGGAUACUGCUGCCGCGAAGCCGGUGGCCGAGGCGUUGGUGCGGUUGAUCUUCGCCGCGCAGACGCGUCUGGCGACCAAGAACGUCCUGUGGACCUGCGAGCCGGAGCUGGUGCGGGCGAACGGACAGUGGUUUGUUCCGAGGAUUGUUCCGGACAAGCGGCUGAAUGACCAGCUGAAUGCGCGGAAGAUGGUCGUGCAGGGCACGGCGACAUCGGAGAAGCUGGAGCUGGCGAAGCAGGCGGAUCGCUAUGUGCUGUCGCCUGCGCUGCCGUCGGUUGUGGCGGCGGAUGCUGCGGUAGAGGUCACCGUUGCGCACACGCUGGUGCAUGCGGUGCACCUGGAUGGAAGCUCGGUUUGUAUUGCAUCGGGAAGCGUGUUGGAUAAGCCCGAUGUCCAGGUGGUUGCGUUCACCGACUCAGUGGCAUCGGUGGUUACUGCGUCUGCGGAGAUGGUGUUUCCUGUGGCCAACGCCAGCCCGUCGCUCCUUCAGACAAUUGCUUUCGGUCUGGUUGCCGAUGACUGGCUGCAUGGCUUGUCGGCGGCAGACACCGUGGCUCUCCACCAUGCGGAUGAGCCGCUCGGCCGGGUGGUGAGGAGGAAGGCGGCGGACGCAGGCGUGUCGGUGGUUGAUGUGCGCACGCAUGCCUAUGCCUCGGAGCGCAGCAUCCGCGCGCAGAUUCCCCCAUCCACCAAGCUCCUCGUCGACUUGGCCGAGUCGUCGGUGCCGUGGGAGCGCAUCCUCCCCGCGCAGUGCAAGAUCUGCAAGACCGACAGCUUCAUCGCUCCUGCAGCCAACACCGCCAACCUGAACACCUCCCACCUGCAGAAGGCCAUUGCCUGGGCGCAGCAGCAGCCCGCCGACACCACCCCCGAGACGAUCCCGGCUGCAGAACUGGCCAACAGGCCCACGCCCCCCUACCACGCCAUCCUCGCCUUCACCCCCUCUACCACCAUCCCCACCAUCACCCGCCCGAUCAACCCAGCCCUGCUCUUCCGCCCCGACAGAACGUACCUCCUGGUCGGCUGCACCGGCGGCCUCGGCCAAUCGCUAUGCAGAUGGAUGGUCCUCCACGGCGCGCGCCACCUGGCCCUGACCACGCGCAACCGCACGCGCAUCUCCACCACCUGGCUGGCCGACCUGGCACAGCUAGGCGCCACCGUCCGCCUCUUCGAAGCCGACGUCGCCGACAUGGCCUCACUCACCACCGUCCACAGCGAGAUCUCCACCCGCAUGCCCCCGAUCGCCGGAAUUGCCAACGCCGCCAUGGUGCUCUCCGACCGCUCCUUCGGCGAGCUCAAGCCCUCCGACUUCACCACCGUCUUUGGACCCAAGGUCCAGGGCACGAAGAACCUGGACACGCUGUUCCACACCCAGACGCUGGACUUCUUCAUCAUGUUCUCCUCGCUGGCCAGCAUCGUCGGCAACCGGGGCCAGAGCAACUACGUCGCGGCCAACCUGUUCAUGUCGACCGUGGCGGCGCAGCGGCGGGCGCGCGGGCUCGCGGCCUCGGUGUUCCACAUCGGCAUGGUCCUGGGCGUGGGGUACGUGAGCACCACAGGCGUGUACGAGACGACGCUCCGACAGUACAAGUACAUGCCCAUCGCGGAACCGGAGUUCUGGGACAUGUUUGCCCAGGCGAUCGUGAUCGGCCAUCCCACCCUGUCCGGCGGGCAUGCGCCGGAGAUGAUCACGGGGUUGCAUCGACACAGUCUCCGCGAGGAGGCGGGCAAGGCGUUCUGGGCUGAGAACCCGCGGUUUAGUCUGCAUACCCUCGUCGAAGAAAGCCAGACGGUGGUGACGGAUGCAUCGUCGGCCAAGCAGGUCCCGCUGGCGGAGGCGGUGGCGGAAGCGGGAACGUUGGAGGAGGUGGACGGCGUGAUUCAGGAUGCGUUUGUCGGGAAGAUGGAGCGGAUGCUGCAGGCGGCGAAGGGGUCGAUUGAGCGGGGUCAGCCGCUGAUCAACUUGGGGGUGGACUCGUUGAUUGCCGUGGAGAUCCGGUCGUGGUUUCUCAAGGAGUUGGAGGUGGACAUGCCGGUGCUCAAGCUGGUGGGUGGCAUGUCCGUCGGGGAGUUGUGUCGCGAGGCGGCGAGUGAGGUGCUCAAGAGUCUGCCUAUCAAGGUGUAGUGGUCUUUCUGUAUUUACUGAGUUCUGGUGUGUACUCUUAAUCGAACAUCUGGGACACAUGGUAUCUCGAUAUGUAAUUAGCAAAUCAAGCGGCAUGUUGAAC